CUCCGGACCCCCGGACUGACCAGUUAGUGGUACGCUGAUAGCAUCUUCAGCCCCACACACACACACACACUCACGCAUGCACGCACGUAUUAUAAUUAAUACCGCGUAUCAAAGGAUUUAACUUAGCCUUCUCUGUUCCGAUACUGAACAAGUGUGAUCGGGGACAAUGGCCACCAGUGGAGAGGAAGAGCGAGCCACAGAGAAGGACUGCACUCAGUCUGGUCUGCUCACCCCGCCGCCCACACCCACCAGUCCCUGUGGCUUCCAGUUCCCGGGUCUGGACCGUGGGUCAGCCUUCACACCCUGGGUCCCGCGAGGUCCCUCCCUGCUGCCUCUCCUGUCACCCUUCCCCAUGCUCCCCACCAUCGCCUCCGUCGCCGCGGCUGCUAAACACACAGCGGCAGGAGUCGACCCCAGAUUGAUGGGGAUGCUGCAGAACUACGGGUCCCUGGGUCAGCUGCCGUGGGCGGCUCUGGGCGCCGGCGACCUGGCACUCAACCGUCUCCUGUUGACUCCUGGGGGACGCCUCAGCCGACCCAAGAAGCGAUACAUCUGCAAGUAUUGUCAACGGGAGUUUACCAAGAGCUACAACCUGCUGAUCCACGAGAGAACACACACGGACGAGCGGCCCUUCCCUUGCGACAUCUGCGGCAAGGCCUUCAGGAGACAAGACCACCUCCGCGACCACAAGUACAUCCACAGCAAGGACAAGCCCUUCAAGUGUGAAGUGUGUGGCAAGGGCUUCUGCCAGGCGCGCACGCUGGCCGUCCACAAGGCCCAGCACGCCCACGACGCCCACCGCACUCUACCGUCAGCACAGAUACUCCCGCAGAGAACCACUCCCGACGACCACUGCCGUGUCACCGACACUCACAUACUGAGGACCUGCUCCGUGUCCUCCACCACCAUCCCCACGCCCACGCUACCCAAGGACGUGACCCUCAUACCCCUCUACAACUACCCGGUGAAGAAGGAGGUGGAGUCGCGGAAGCACAGCCUCGAGGCCCUGGUCUACCCUGCGGCCAAGAAACCGUUCCUGCUGACGGAGGCCGAGGAGGACAGCGGCAAGAAGAGGCGAGGCUUCUCCAUCGACGACAUUAUGAAGUAGCUCCUCCACGCCUCGCUCGCUCCCUCCUGUCAACUCUUCUCCCAUAAGUCGCCUCUCUCAAGCUUUCACGCUCUCCUCUACCUCUUUACCUCUCUUCUCCCUACCUCUCACCUCUUCCUCUCUACUCCUCUGUCAAAGUCCGUCUGUAUAAAAGAUUUAAUACUCGAUAGAUUUAUUAAUUUGUGAUCAAUAUACCCAAAAGGAUUCCAGCUACCCCGCAGGUAUUAUUUUAAUGAUCUAUAGUGUACAAAAUAAAUUAUUUUUGUUAA